GUGAUCGGGUAAUUCCUCGACCAAUUACAUUAAUUCAAGUACCAAUUCGUAUUAAAACAAAUAUAGAGAUUUUACAAAAGAAAAAGAAUUGUAAAAUCGACUUUACUGAACAAUAACAUGCGAUGUAGUUGAAAAUGAUUUUUAAACUAAGGAAAAGGAAUGUUGUCUCAUAUGAAUGAUUUUCAGAUAUUUUUUUAAAUAUGUCCAGUGCUGAUAUAAAGAAUGAAACAAAAGAUAAUGAAUCAAUAUUUGUAAAUAAUGACGAAGCUUCACCCGAUGAAUUAGUAGAUCCUCGAGUUCAAAUUGAACUUGAACGGCUUAAUACAGCUACUGAUGCAAUCAAUAAAUUGGAGAUUGAAUUAGAUGAGGCCAGAGCUAAUUUCAGACUGUUAUUGAGUGAAUCAUCUGUUCGAGUGAAUCAACUAGCUAAUAAACUUGGAGCAUGUGUUGAAAAAGCGAGGCCAUAUUAUGAAGCUCGAAUGCAUGCAAAGCAGCUUCAAACACAAACUCAGAAAGCUGCUUUAAGAUAUGAGAGAGCUAGCAGCGCUCAUUCAGCUGCAAAGGAAAUGGUUUAUUUGGCAGAAGAGGGUCUGAAAAAAGAAGGAAGGUGUUUUGAUCCUGCUUGGCAAGAAAUGCUUAACCAUGCAACUCUGAGAGUGAAUGAAGCUGAAAGUGAAAGAGUGUUAAGUCAGCAUGAGCAUCAGAAAACUUCAUUAGCUUACAAUGAAGCUGAAAAAAUUGUCCAGCAUCUGCAUCAAGAAUUGAGAAAAUCAAUAGUUAAAUCAAGUCUUUCAACUCGCAGAAGUUUGCUACAGCUAAACAAUCUUGCAAAUCAACACCAGUUACAACUUUUACCUUACUUUGAAAUGAAGGCCCAAUUCAAUCAGUUGCUGGAAGAACAGAGGAAAAAAGUUCAUCAUCUAGAAGAAAAAAUUUUAAAAAUGAAGAUGAGUUAUGCAGAUGCAUUGCAUAAUCUGGAAGAAAUAAGUGAUGAAAUUCAUCAAAAACGAAAGUCUGUAGACAGUAGACUGUAUGUUGAGGGAAACCAAAUUGAAGGUGCUGAAUCUCCGCUUCUUUCCUGUGAUAGCAUGAAGUUAACAUAUCAUAAAUUGAAAAGUAGUGAUAUAUCUUCUAAUAAUAUAUCUAUGGAAAAUUUAAACAUUGAAGAUAUGUACAAGAGCCUUCCAUCUAAAAUAACACCAAGGCCUGGUAUUAUUGCUGCAAGUUGUAUUGGGGCCAAUUCUCAGAAAGUAUCUGUUUAUCCUGCAUCUUUAACAGAAUCUCAAGAAGUUUCCAAAGACCAAACUCGAAAUGUAUCUGUUGCUUCUGAAAAAUCUGAAAUAAAGCUAAAUAAAAUGAACAGUAUUUUAGAUAAGAAACAAGUUAGUCAGUCAUCUAGUUGUUCAAGUCCUGCACCUGAUCACUUGGAACAGUUAAGCACAGCAAAUAGAGGCAUACUUGAUGAAACUAAAUCAAAUGGAUUAGAUGAUGUAUCAUUGAAUGGUGAAGAAAUUCCAGAUUGCAAAUUUUUGUCACCUGAUUUUAGUGCAUUAAGAAUUCACCGUGAAGAAGUGUCCGAUUCAGAAAGUUUAGCUAGUACUGAUACAACUGAUACUUUAGAUGAUAAUCAAAUUGAAUGCUUACUGUUAGAAAAAGUGUACCCAUUAGAAAUAGAAGAACCUGAUAAUGAAAAGAUAUCCGAUAAUUCGAAAUCAGAUAAUAAUACUCAUUUGUAGGAAAAGAAAUUUAUUGAAAUUCAUAAUACAUAAAAACUAUAGUUUUAAAUCAGGCUAAUAUAUAUAUAUAUUGAAUUGCAUGCUUUUCGUAUAUCAUAGUUGAUUUUAUUUGUUGUGUUUUAGGCAUUUCUAAUGAAUUAAAUUGUUAAAAGAAUUCUUGUUAUUAACUUGUUAUCUGUUAAGUUUAAUUGUAUUUUUUUUUUUUGAGAUUUUAAAUGAUAUAAAUUCUUUUAAAUUUAAUUUUAAAAUUAACUGUUAUGUCACAUUUUACUUCUAAAUAUAGGAUUCAUAUACGAGAUUCUGACAGUGAUAUGUAUUAAUUUUUGUAAAUUACAGGUACAAACUAAUAUUUCUGCAUUAUAAUGUUCAUUUAUGAAAGAUAGACUUCGAAUAUGUAAAAUGUAGUUUUAAUGAGAUAUUUUUGAGAAAUAAAAUGUGUGUAUGUGUAUAUAUAUAUAUAUAUAUUGCUUUUGUUAUAUUUUAUUUUGAUGUUAAUAUUGCCAUUUAGAUAUGAAUAGAAAAUGUAUUUCAUUUCAUGAAGAAUCAAUUACUAUCUGUCAGUUUCCUUUCCAUGAAAAAUAUUACAUCAGACAAGGAUGAGCUUGUCAUAUUGAGUUUCUUCACAUGUAAUAUGCAUGCCGGUCAGUUAUAUUGUGGGUAAAGUAACCCUCAGAUAGGCAAUUUUUUAAUGCUCUACUCUUGCAACAGAUGGCAUUUUGAGGAUGAUCAGUUAUUGUAUAUGUAAGCAGAUUUGUAACACCUGCAUUUGCAUUGACAGUUUAAUAAUCAUAUUUCUCAUUACGAGACACCUACUUAUAAAAUGAAUCACAUAAUGAGUUUUUGCAUGUUCUCGUGACUGCAUUUCAAGAUUAUAAGAAUCUUGCUAGAUGAGUUUACAGUAUGAAUCCAUCAUUCUACAACUGAUAUGUUUUGUGUAUCUAGACUUAAUUACGCAAAUAAAUCAAUAUUGAACCUUAAUCUGUUCUAAUUAUAAUAAUACAAUGUAUAGAAAACACAGCAUUUACCUUCUAUAUCAUCACUAGGCUUGCCAAGCAUUUGUCAUAAUAAAGUAAAAUAAAAUACUUGAUAACCAUCCCCAGAGAAAGUGAUCAUUAGAACUUACCUAAAUCAUUCGAUAGCUCCUAUUCAGGCAAAGAGAAAAGUUAAUUGCUAUAUUCUCUUCACCCUCUUUUCACUGUAUUAAAAAAAUUGUUAAUGUUGAAUCAAUGGAAAGAGAUGCAUGCAUAAAUUGUGUCAAAUGAUACUUUUAUAUUAUAUAUGAAUGAUACAUUUAUUGAAUACAAUAUGUGGCAUCAGUUGAGUUUCUGCUUCAUUAAAAUAUUAAAACGUAGCACCAGCCAUUUCCGAAAAAAUAAACUUUCGUCAUAGCUUGUUAAUAGUAAAUUGUGAGGAAUUGUCAGCUGUAAAGCAGCAUUGAUAAUACCAUAUUUACCUCUAUCAGGUGGUUAUCGCUCGAUUCUACAUUAAUUUUUUUGAUUUAAAAAACAAUGUUCAUAUAUAGGAAUGAGAAUGAUCAAUAAAAAUAUUUAUAAACUGUU